AUGGGCGGGGAAAUUGGUAAGCGCGUCGAGAGGCGGGGAGCUCAGCGCCGCCUCAGCCACGGCUUCCUGUCCACGGUGGCCGUCUCCCUGGCUCAGCGCCUGGCGCACUCGGCCGUGUUUUCCCGCCCUGUGUCUCCGCCCGUCCCGGGACUCCUUCUGCCUCCUGGCGACGGUGCCGAGGCUCCGGAGGAAACUCCUCCGGCCUCCAUCGGCCUCUUCCUCCCCGAGUUCCCCCACCGGAAGCUUCCUGGACCAGACCGCUUCCAGGUGCUGAGCUGCAUCGCCAGAGGCUCGUACGGACCCAUCCUGAGGGUCCGGGACGCCAGCAGAGGCCAGACGUACGCAGUGAAGGUUCUGCCAAAGUCGUCCAUCCUGAAGGACGGAGCGCUGCAGCAGUCCAAAGAAGAGGUUAUCAUCCAGCGGCAGCUCAAACACCCAUUCAUCCACAAUCUGCAGGACUGCUGGCAGACUGAGCGCCACCUCUUCAUUAUGUGGGACUUCUGCAGCAGUGGAGACUUGUACACCUGCUGGCUGCUGAAAGGACGCUUUGAGGAGGUGGAGGUCCGACUCUUGGCUGCAGAGCUGGGCAGCGCUCUGGGCUUCCUACAUGACUUGGGAAUCGUGCACAGAGACAUCAAGAUGGAAAACGUUCUUUUAAGUGAUCGAGGUCACCUCCGCUUGUCUGAUUUUGGACUCUCGCGCCGGCUGGAGCGAGGAGGACGGGCGUUCACGAUCUGUGGGACGAUCCAGUACAUGGCUCCUGAGGUUUUGUGCGGCGGUCCUUACAGCCACGCUGCAGACUGGUGGUCUCUGGGCGUCAUGCUGUUCGCUCUGGUGACAGGAGAGUUCCCUCUUCCUGCGGAGCCGGACCACAGCAUCAUGCUGAGGAAGGUGACUGGCUGUUCUUACAGCCUUCCUCCAGCCCUCAGCUCGGCUCUCAGCGUCCUGCUCACUGAGCUUUUGUGCAAGACUCCCAUGAAGCGCCUUCGUAACUUGGACAGUCUGAAGACGCAGGCCUUCUUCCGCGGCGCCUCGUUCGACUCCUACCUGCUGCAGAAGACUCCGGUGGACUUCAUCCUCGAGCUCCGGAGCCGUCCUGACUGGGCCGCCAAAUCCAGGAGAGGCGCCGCCGCGGACCACUUUGAUGACUUUGACUCCAGUCGGACCCUCCAGUCCCCCACGACGCCCUCUGACCCCCUCCCGCUCCGACCGGCGUGUUCCUGA